AGUCUCACCUGAGUCCACACGCCUCCCACACGCAGAACGGACCAGGACUAAAGCGGGACUAAAGCAGGGCAAUAACGGAACUAAAGUAGGACUAAACUGGGACUGAAGCAGGACUAAAGCAGGAUCAGAUCAGGACCACAGCAGCACCGGGACUGAACCAGGACUGAGUCAGACCUGGUUACAGAGGAGCAGUGAUGCUUUUGGAUUCUAAACUGAGAAGGACAGAAUUAUGAUUUUAAAAAAAUAUAUUUUGGAGUAAACUGGACCGGGACAGAAACAGGACCAGACCUGGGCCUAAAUAAGAACAAACAAACUUUAGAUUUAAAAUUCAAGAAAAUAAAAUAAACUGUGUUUGACGUCUCUGGACUUCACUGUCAGUUUCACGUUUAAGAUUCAGAGCACCAGAGGACACUUCACCUGCUCCAAGACGCUGAAAUAGAACUGGACCAGGACUGAACCAGGAUCUGACCCGUUUUUAUCUGGACUUCAGUGACAGCAGCAGAACUAAACCAGGUUCUGUAAGGUCCUGAAAGUCUGGACCUGGACUAGACCUGGUCUUGGUCUGGUUCUGGACCAUGUCUGCGGGGGAGGAGGAGGAGUGUGUUUGCUCUGUUGGGAUGAAGCUGAGCUGGGACAUCAACGACCCAAAACUACCUCAGGAUCUGAAGCAGUUUGACCCAUUUCAGGAGUGGACCGACGGAUAUGUGCGAUAUAUUUACAGUGCGGAGGAUAAGAAUGCACAGCGCCACCUGUCGGGGUGGGCCAUGCGCAACACGAACAACCACAACUGUCAGAUCCUGAAGAAGUCCUGCCUCGGGGUUGUGCUCUGCUCCAGGACCUGCUCCAGUCCAGACGGGUCCAGACUCCAGCUCAGACCUGCCAUAUGCGACAAGGCCCGGGGCAAGCAACAGAAGAAGUUGUGCCCUUUAUGCUCAGCCCCUCUGGAGCUGGUGCCCUGUCGUGGGCACAGCGGGUACCCGGUCACCAACUUCUGGAGAGUCGACGGGAGAGCCAUCUUCUUCCAGGCCAAAGGGGUCCAUGAUCACCCCAGACCUGAGUCCAAGUCUGAGACCGAGGCUCGACGCAGCUCCGUCAAACGAAGGGUUAACUCUCCUCCAUUUGGACUAAAGAGGAGGAUCAUGGACACACAGCUCCCUGGCCCCGCCCUCCUGCCCUGUGUUGAUUCGCUGGAGCAGCCGUAUCCACAGACGUACCCACAGACGUAUCCCCCCUUUGCCGCCGAGCCCUACUACAGCUCCCACAAUGCACUUGGAGAGGCCCCGCCCCCGCUGCACAAACCGGCCAAUCCCAGGCUCUACGUUGGUCGCCACGGAUAUGAGCUGCAGAGUUACAUCUCGCCCCCAAACUACCCCCCUGCACACGCGACCCCUGACCUAUGUGACCCCAGAAUGAUGACUCCAGUUCUGGGGGCAUCUUCUUCCUCAGCUCCUCUCUCCUCUUCCUCCUCCACAACCUACGACCCCCAGGCCAAGGCCACGCCCACUUCCUGGAACCACUGCUACCAUAGCGACUAUCCUUGCCGUUUCCCUGGCAAUGGCCCUGGCUCCCCCGCAGCUCUUCAGACCAUAAUAACCACCACAACUAAGGUGUCGUACCAGCCGUGCCCAAAGCCUGCCCUGUCGCCCUUCACUUCCUGUGUCCCGCCCCCGAAGCCCAGCCUUGCCUCCUUAUUGGAUGAGAGCAGCGCUGGCCCCUCCUACUCGGCCGAGGUCAAACUGAGCGAUGAAUCAGGCGUCAUCAAGUCACUGUCGUUUCCCUCAGACGCUCUUCCCGCCAAAACAGAGCGUGACGCCUACGACUAUCGCUAUGGCUACGGCAGCUAUCGCUAUGACGACUACUGAUUACCACAGCAACUGCAGGCGCUUCUACUGAUCACCACGGUAACCACAGGGACGAGGAGUAGAGGGGUAACUUGUCUGAGGAAGAUCUGAAUCUGCUGCUGUAACUGAACACCACAUUACACCAUGUGGGGCAGAGGUCAAAGGUCAGACAAUGAACACCAGAUCACAGAGGGAAGAGGUCGUAUUGACACUACUGAUGGCGCUGCAGGAUCAGUUCAAACACAAGUUUAACCAUCUGUGAGUGAAGAUUCACCAGUAAAUAAAUGUAUUUUCAAAGUAUAAGAACAAUAACACAACAAAAGCAGAGAAAAGUUCCAGAUUGGGGCUUUACCCUCUCCUUUCCGCGCCCCCUGCUGUGUGGUGUUGGACUUUAACACUCACCCCUCAGACAUGAGCCUGGCCUGGGUCUGGUCUGGCCCUGGUCUAGACCUGGUCUGGUCCUGUCCUGGUCGUGGUCUGAUCCUGGUCUAGGGGCAGGGCCUCAGAAUUUGGGGCCUCCUCAGAUCCUCAGAUGUUUUUGUGGUUUUAUUGUUAUCUUUUGUUUUUGUUGUAUUUUAAAGUUUCAAAUGUUUCGAUGAAAACUGCAUCAUUUCAAACAUGUUUUAAACAGAACAUACAAAAUAACUAUUUAUUUAUUUAAAACGAAAAUUCUAAAUUAGACGAUUGUGCAGCAGUGAAUAAAACUGAUUUGUGAAGUGUGAAAAAAUCUGAAAGUGUUUGUUUUUAUUUGGUUUAAAUUAUUAAAUGUGCGUAAAUUCUGCGGUUCACUGAAAUAUGUGUAAAAAAUGUCUCUGAGAUCAGUGAUGUAAAUACAGAGUCUGAAAAGUGUUUUAUGACAAAAGCGUUUAAUAAAAAUGUGCAGCAG